CAAGAAAGACUUGCCACGAGCGUGGAGGGACCUGUGGCUUCUCGAGCAAGUCACACGGUCUCGAGCAUGUACCGUCGACUCGUUCGUUCGUCACCGCGAUCGCGACUCCACCGUUCGACGAUCGAGUUCCUAGAAAGUUCCUAGCGUCUCGAACGUUAGCCGCCCGCGAAAUUUGAAAUCGACAGGUGGCCGGAUCGGGUAUCGCGUGCCUCGCGUACGACAGUGCGCGAUUAUUCCGUCACGGUGCGUCGCGUGUUUCUCGCGGCCAUCGAUGUUUCCACGGGGGAAAAUCGCGCCGACGGAAUUUCUAAAUUGCUCGAGGAGAAAGGUACUUUCUACGCCGGAUCCGCGUCGACGAUGGUGUCGAUUUUCCGAGCGUCCGACAAGCGGAUCGAUAUCGAUGGAUCCGCUCGCGUACGUCGUAUCCACUCGCACGCGACCUUUGGCUGCACCUCGGGACCGAGCCAUCAGCCGCUAAACAGCCGAUUAAAUUUACAUGGUGACGCAACGGCAGCUCGUGACCGUCGACGACGGCCUACGAAGAAGCCAGUUACGAGCUCGCGCACGUCACGGUGAAAAGGGCCGUCACGGUGCUCUUCGCGAACCUUUCGAUAUCGUCCAGUGAAUAUUCGACGCGACUGGCUUCGCCCGAUACAGGCUCUUUUUACGCGUACGGGGUUAUUCCUGGCGGAGCCGGGAUAAAAUUAACACGUGACCGCGAAAGAAACAGUGCUAUCGAUUUGGGAGACUAUUUUUGUAUCGACUGGACGAGAAAACAGUGUUUAAAAUUUUUUCUUUAACACCCCACGUGAACCUCUGUUGUCUCUUCAUAGCCAGGAAUACUCAUACCCCAAAUUAGGGGAUAGGGAGACGACCAUCGAACCUCUAAGACGUCUCCCACGAAACAGUGUUUAAUUCCUAUCCCAGUGCACCGUUCCACAGUUAUACAUAAUCGGUAGCCAAGAAUUAGAUCAAGGAUCCUCGUACUAAACGCUUGGUAGUGCAAAAAGUGUGUGACCCCCUUUGCAAUCCCGAUUUCACCAGGAUACUCGCCAAAAAGUCCAGCGUCAGCGUUAAAAGUUUCGAUAAGUUCCUCCCAGCCAAGGUUCUCUGUACCAAACAGUACCGUGCAAGGACAAGCGUGAUAUUUUUUCUGUGUUCCAAACCCCCAUUGUUAGGGACAAGUGUUUCGUAAGAGGGAGUGUGAUCCGCGAACAGUGUUUAAUCCCUGUCCGGUAGCUCCGCGCGGACGAUCGAUACGCGUUAUCCGGAUUCGAGACCAUCGAUUGUGUUGCGGCAGAGAUCGGGUCGCUUCGCGUUCGACGAAGCUCACCAAGAAUCUUGGCAAAGGCACAUUUUUCCCGGCGAAUCAUGCGAGAGGGUGGUGUCCGGAGCCUCGAAUCGCUGGAGGUUGAACGGUUACCGCGAUGUCUGUGCUGGUGACAUUCUGCGUGACAUGGGAGCCGACGAUAUGAACAGGGAGAUACCGAGCAGCACCCUCGCGACCCUCAGGGGGAUCCUGGUGAGCUCUCUGUCGAGGGAGAACCUGGGGCCGCACGAUCUGUCGGCGCAGGAGAAUGGGAGGCAUCGACCUCUGAGGAAGGUGCACUUUCACGAAGCUGGAGCCGCUUCUGAGGAAACUAACCAAAGGUCCAGUUCUGCACACAAUCGCCACUCUCUCACGAAGGAGCAAACGAUGCACUGGUUCGCCCAAAUCGGAGGUGACGAGGCUUCUCCCGAUUCGUCAGAUGUGAAGCGACGCCGAAGUCUCUACGACGAGGACUCUCUCGACGGCGAUCUUCCUAACGAGAACGAAGGACGGGAGUCGUCGGGAAGCGCGAAAGACGUGGACAGGGCGAAGCUCGUCCGUGAGAGACAGAACGAGGAGCGGCAACGGAAGUUGGAAGAGCUGAGACAGCAAGCCCUAGCCGCGCAACGUUUCCGGGAGCAGCGGGAAGAGGAACGCCGAAGGCGCAUCGACGAGCUCAGAUCGCGUGACAACGACAGAAGAAAUCAAGUCGAAGAGAGAAAGCGGUUAAUAUGCGAGGCGGAGAGGGAAAGACGGGAGGCGAUCCUCCGGAAGAACCAGGAGAGAGAGGCGCGCAUAGAGGCGAAGAAGAAGAACGAGAGGUCGCACAUUGUGUUCGCUUUCGGAAGUUCUACGCCAAGGAUGCUGGAACCUGCAGACACCGGUGGCUCCACUUUCUGGGGAACUCGUAGAGCCACCUCUACCACCAACGUGAUGAUGUUCUCUGCUGCUCAGCCGUUGACCAGGAGAUCCUCCGAAAGGGAGCUCGACGGUAGCAAGAAACGAGCCACUUCCGCCGGAGGACUCGACAGGAAACCUGGCGAAGAUAUGAGAAUGUCCUCGUCCAUGUACGAGGUGUUCAAUUGGAAUUCUAGCCCUGAUCCUCCCUUAACCCCUGCCAAACAUAAGAGAGCCAGCCUCUCUCUGCCUCCUACAACUGACAUCUUUGCCAUCGAUGAUAAGUCUGAUAGCGACACUAGGCGUCCGAUGAUUCAGCGGGCUGCCAGUGGUGAAGAGAGCGAUGGAACACCAGGAACACCUAGUUCGGUUUAUCUGCGAGUGAACAGGAGACGUACCGACUUGAUGCCGACGAUACCGUCGCCGCGUGAUGGACCGCCGUCGACGGGACGCAGCUCCAGCGCCAAGGCCUUCACACGUUCGCCAGGUAGGACUUACUCGAUGUCCAGGCUGGACCAGCUGGCGCAGCCUAGGAAACGUCCGACAGAACUUAGCACACUGACGGAACAGCAGAGCCAGCCUCUGAGCGCUUCUAGCAUGAGUCGCAGCAUGUCACAUUUAGCUGCGUCCGGGGCAAAGAGCCUCAAACGCUCAGAUAACUCUCGUAGCAUGGGUACGUUGCCAGGCGCGGUCCCGAUCCCGAGACCAACGAGGGCCGAGAGACUCCGUCGCAAAGCACGCGAGCAUCAGAAUCACCAGCAGCAAGGCAUCCGCAGCGGGGAGGUGACACCGAACAGCCCAUCACGACCGCACAGCUCCAUGAGCCAGCAAAGCGCCAGCAGUGUGGGCAGCAGUAACGUCAAUCUGCGUCCCCGUACGACUGCCCCGCGUCGGCCGCGACCUGCUUCUAUUGCCGGUACCGGUGUUUCAGUCACAGAACGACACAAUCUGUUGGCCGAGACGAAGCUGACGAAGGAUUCGAAGCCCCCACUGCCAAAGGUCCAUAGCACUCCAAAGAAACCUUCCACGCCGAAAUCGGCGGACACGAAGAAACCCACGGAGAAACUGAUAAAGAACGCCAAGGCGUCCCCGCGAAUAACCUCGAAAGCAACGCCACUGCAAAGCCCGAGCGUCGAGAAUGAACCGUUCAUUCGCGAGACCACCGCUGAGAUAAUAAAACACGAAAUCAAGGAAGAGAUCAAGUCGGAGGACAAGCACGAAGAGAAGAAAGACCAGGGCACAGAAAAGACACAACAAGAAAUAACUGCGGCGGAACAGAGCACGGAACAGGUUAAAGAGCCAGCUAUUAUCGAACAAUCCAAUACCGUAUCGGUGUCCAAACAGACGAAAGACGAGACCAAUUCGAAUCAAGAGGUCCAGUCCGUCGUGCCGCCUCAAGAAACGCCCAAAGUCGCGAGAAAGGAUGACAACAAACAGGAGAAGAAGCCGGUCGAAACCGAGGCGAAAUCCGAGAACAAUUUGGAGGAGCAGGUAGACAUGUCAGCCUCGAUGAUAGCGAAGAUCAGGAUUACCACCGAGGAGGAGGCUAAGGCAGCCAUAGCAGAGCGAAGAAGAUUGGCCAGAGAGCAGGCGGAACGGGAGGCCGAACUGGAACGCCAACGACAGGAGGAAGAAGCGCGCCUGGAAAGCGAGAGAUUGCGCGCCGAAGAAGAGGAGCAACGCCGUUUCGAGGAGGAAACGCUUCGUUUGGCAAACGAGGCUAGAGAGGCUGAAGAACAUAGACUGCGAUUGGCUAUCGAAGAGGCGACGCGUCGCGAGGAAGAAGACAGGCGAAGAAGAGAAGAAGAAGCCCGUCAGAAGCAGGAGAAAGAAGAGAGCGAGCGGAAAGCGAGAGAAGAGGCGGAAAGACAACGGAUCGAAAUGGCUGAGCGUCUGAAAAAGGAAGAAGAGGAAAGACUCGCUAGACGUAAACGCGUCGAGGCGAUUAUGCUUAGAACUCGCGGGAAAAAUCAGAGCAACACGCCCACUAAGGGAGAAGGUGGUGAUAGCGAUAAAUUGAAAGAAGACAACAGUCCUAACGAUGAAAAUAAGCCAGCACCAGGUAGCAAAAACGAAGAUGUUAUGACAGCCAGUCUCAUAUCCGAAGCAACUCAACAAUUCAUUAGCGGAGAGCAACGAGCUCAUCAUACGGAAAACAAUACUACAACGGACAUUGUGCAUAACGGCACACAUAGUAAUGGCAUUAACGAAAGUAAAAUUGUAUUGGAUAAUAAUCAGGGUAAUGUGGAAGGAGAACUGAAUGGUCAUCAUACGAAUCACGGAAAUGGUAUCAACAGUCAAUCAAUUACAUUGGAUAAUGCCACCGUCAAACAAAACAACGUGACCAACAACCUGUUAGACCUAACGGAAUUCGACUCUCUCAGUAAUAGCAGUAGUGGCCCAAUACUCGAACUGACAUCUAAUUUGGCCAACGAAGACACCCUCAACUCGAACCUAAAUCCAGCAGCUAUACCUUUCACUCCAAUGGCCAACCCAUACAUGCCUACUGCUACUAACGUCAAUGUAAAUCCGUUCCAGGAUUCUUUUAUAAACAACAAACCACAAGAUAAUAGUCAAGUACCAGAUCUUUUAUCAUAAUGCGCGUAUUAAACAUUCUGGUGAAAAGGAAGAAGAACAAUUGGAUCGAAAUGCCCUGUUACUUACAGCAAGCAAUAUAGGUAUAUAAUUGAAAUGACGUCAUUUAUGAGAUAAUGUAAAUAAGCGCUAUCGAUGUGUAGAAAUGGAGAUCUAAGUAGAGAAUGGGGGCACUACGUCAAAAAAUGAAAAAAAAAAAUGAAAAGACUACCUUGUCCUUAAACGUUGUCACGAGAAUUGUAAAAUAAUAUAUAAUGUUAAUUAAUAAUAUUAUGCAAACAGCAAAUAGGCACUCAGUCCGUUAUAGUAUGCUAUUAGGAUAUAAAUCUAAUGUUUUAGAGGACCUUUAAAGGGAAUGAGGCCUGUUUAUAACGUAAUAUGAUUUCAAACACGCGUAUAUACUUUUACUGUAACAAAUUUCAUUAAAUUAAUUUCACGCAUUUUUCGUCCGUACCGUAAUGAUGUUUUAUGUUUUGUGAGUCUUUUAUCGAAAAUGUAACGAAACGAGAUUUUACGAUUUUUGAAUAGGGAAAUCAGUGCAUUCGUGAUUUGUAUACGUGAACGAAUGUGUAAAACGGCUUGACAAACAUAGCACAAGAUUGUGAAUUGGUUCGAAAAAAAAAACGAUGUAUCAUGCGAAACUGUAUCUGCCAAAAUGACGUAGGAGGUAAGCUCCAAUGAUUGUUCUUACAUAAGAGAUAGUAUAAUAUUACCUUAUAGAAUUUGAAUAUAGAAAAGGAAUCUAUGUAUAAUCAUAUCUAGUAAGAUCCUUUGCAGAUAUGAUGUAAAAAAAGAAAAAAACCAUUUCUUCCAUACUACAUUUUUGGGGCGUGCGCUCACUAGUCAAGCAAUUUUACUGUUUUUAUCGUAUUUUUUUUUUUUGUUUUAUUUUUUUUUUUAUAGAAAACACACCUAAUAUUGGUACUCUAGGUAUCCAACUAGAUUUUCAUUACUGUUAUGUUUUCGCGAAUCUAACAUAAAUUUUCUAGCUGUGAUGAUGACGACGAUGAAUGAAGACGGCGAUUGCUUUGUGAAAUAGCCACUGCAUACGUUCGCGGAAUAAACGAAACGAUAGCUAUGUUACUUUCUUUGUAAAUGAUGUUCUGCUAGACUACGAUAGUCGGUGAAAUGCGAAAUCGCCAGUUUACACGUUUCAAUACUAAAACAACAGGUUAACGUAAUCAUGCAAAUUCUAGUGAAGAGCUCAGCCUCGCCAGUUAUUUCAUGGAAAUCGAGUACACGAAAUUACACGGUCACACAUUGCGUUAUCCAGUGGUGGCUAUUCAUUAUAGUGGUAUCAUACUAGUAUACAGAUAGAAAACGAUAAUUUGAGAAGCCUGAUGUUAUUGAGCAAUUAUUGUAAUUGGUGUAUAAGUACAUGAAUUAUUUGUUACUAUUGUGGCAUACUAUUAUAAAAUGGGUAUCAUUUCUUGACACAGAUACAAAUCGUGUUGUAACAUUUUCUUAACCGCAGGCGCGUGAUAAUGCCCGACCUGUGUAUGGCUAUUUGCAUCGAGGGUAAUAAAGUAAUCCGAUAUUAUUUUUAUUUUCGAAUAACAGAAAUAAACGAGAGUCAUCGACACGUCUGAAAGGAUAUCACUGAUUUACGAACUCUGUACACCGUUUUUGCUUUUCUUCUUUUUUCUUGUGUUCGUGCUACAUGUGAGAUAUUACGAGUUUCCCUGUUAUCUUUCUACGUAUAUUUAAUAUCGCGAACGAUCUGAUGAAAUUCGCCGCUGCAUACGUGCUGCCGGUUCUUUUCUUCGAAAACUGUUUAAUUUAAGGUCGUCGAGCAUACAUGUAUGUAACACCGCAGUGUUUCAUGUCGCAAAUUGUUUCUGUCGCACGAAACCUGUGAACUAACGUUUGAACGAGUACGAAUGCGCGUUUCUUUUUUAUUUUUCAUUGAAAAUUGUAGCACACUGCUGUACAGAUGCAUACGAUCCUAAGGCAUUCUGAUCGCCUAAGGCUUUUUCGAGCGCGUAGUCACGGUACCGACAAGGGAAUUCGAAUCCGUCUUACGUAAUUUUGACGAUAUACUCCGUGAAUGAUUAUUUUUCACUAUAAAAGUACGACGUUGCUUUUCACGACAAAAGUAUGCAAUGACUAUGUAUCGUGUUUAUUUAUUCAAACUGCUCUAUUCGGUCUAACUAAAACUAUUCUAUAAGGACACGUAAUUAAUAAUAACUAUAAGAAUAAUAACAAUAAUAAUAAUCUCAAUACAUACGAAAGAAUGUUUCUAAACAAUACAAAUACUGAGAACGCUAAAUAUCAUCAGUCACGUCUAAAGAUACUUCGUAUUGUAUAAAUGCUUGUAUGUAAUAAAUACUUAAUAUUAAAAAUAAAAGAGAUAUCAUUUAAUA